AUGCCUCUUUCUGAAGACACUAAAAGGAUAUAUGAAAGUGAAGAUUAUUUAAAGAACAGGGCAGCGGUUUUCCACAGCAAUUUUGUGUCAACAGGUAAACCUGGCCAGGGUGUAAAAUCUGUGCCUGUCGGCCACUAUGUGCUGCCCCACGACUCUAUCCAGAACGUGAGUGAAGAACAAAUAAGUACUGAAGAGUCUGAAGAGAGCCUAUCUGAUAAGACUGAGGAUCAAACAGUGAGAGAGAAGAACAGGAUGGGAACUAAGAAUGACACAAACUUCAGUCUGGAACCAGCCCACAAAGACCUGAGAUGACCGAACACCUGAGAGGAGAUGAGGCAAACUCCUCAGAGGAUGCCAACCCUGAAACAACAUACAGAACUACCAAAUUCUCCUAUACGUUUGAUCACAACAUAUAAUCAUUGUUGUUAAUAGUGUUCAGUUUGUUUUGACUGUGAAUACGUCAUUGACUCACUGCAUGAUUUUAUUCAGUACAUAUCUGCCAUAUGGACAUCACCAUGACAAGGCUUUGCUUUGUUCUUAAACCUUUGCUAACCGAGCCUUUACAAAUGAUAUCCCAUGCUUGAUGUAACAUUUGAGCUACUUUAAGCACAGUAUAUAUAAACUUUUUAAUUAUGUUCGUGUGUUUUUGUGUUCUUAUCCGAUUCUUGAACGCUCAUGAAAAAAGGUUGUAGUGUAUUUUAAAACCUCUAGG